UCAAGUCUCAUCAUCAGCAUCACAAUUUCACUUACAACUUCAAUCUCAAUUCUCUCAACUCUCAACUACACCACAACCUACGUUCUCAUCUUGAGCUCAAUCAAUCCUUCAAAAUGGAGACUGCCAAGCAAGCUUUCAACUACGUCGCCGAGUCUGUCCAGGGCGCUACUUCUGGUGUCAGCAAAGAAACCAACAAGGAGAUUGCUAAGAACGACAACGUCGAUGUUAGCACUCGCUUGACUGCUGGCAAGGACGCUCUCGGUGACAAGAUCGACGAAACCGUCCACAACAACAAGGCCGAGGCUCACAAGCAGCUGGCACAGAACAACUAGAUCGGGAUAAGGAUCUGGGAUCCUUCAAAGGCAAAGGCGUUGCAACGGCAUAAAGCGAAGGGAAUACAUAGCCCACUAGGCAGGAAUUGAUGAUUUGAAUUCGC